CGCAGAUCGUCGCCGUCUGCCAUAAAGGGAUAAUUGUCAUUAGGUAGGGGGCCUACACCAUGCACAGCCGCCGCGACCCGAUCGUGCGGCAGAGUUUGCGUAGUUUCAUUUCGCGAAUCCAGGUAAUGUCUUGACCGUCUUGUAUCACGUGGAGCGGGGAAACCGAUGACUCAUCACUGAUCAUGAUGGCACGCAGCCUAUCGAUAUCUUCGUGUGUUUUGGCCGCGCUGCUGUUACUAGUCUGCGUCAUCAUAUAUUACUGGUUACCACUGCAAGGUGGGAGUACUUUUAUUGCACCGUACAAGGGCUUUCUAUCGACACAGCGAACAGAGACACCUCUGCGGGGCGACGGGAAGGAUGCGAUAUAUCUACCAUUAUCAACUGGCGUGCUUAAAACCCCUAAAAUUGUAAAUGCGCCGACAAACAGUCAAGACGAACACGCAGAUAAUCCUAUAGAAAGAACACAAAACGAUGUAGUCGGUGCAAGCUUGGCUACAAAUGUCGGCCGAAUACAAGUCGCCACCACCGACCGAAAUCACCGGCGCGAGAAAUCGGCCAUAUUGGUUCUCUCGUACAUGCGCGCCGGGUCGACGCUAACAGGUGACCUGCUGAAUUACAACCCCGAAAUAUUUUAUCUCUUCGAGCCAGUGCGAUUCAUCCACCAUCAGGUGCACGACGGAUUCAUGCCCGCUAACUCAACUACGCGACAGUUAAUCGAGCUGCUAGACAGCAUUUACAGGUGCGACUUCAACGAGUUUCGGGAUUACGUUAAUUACCUUACGGCGCCGAGCAAAGGAACGCAUUUGAGAUACACAGUCGUAGCUACUGCUGCGUUAGGAUGUCAGCCGUAUACAAACCUAUCAUCGAGCUCGCGAUUGGAUGCGUGCGAAAUGUCACGACUGACGGCGGCGAAUCUCACGCGGCUGUGCGAGCCCAGGAAUGUCGCCGUGAAAGUGAUUCGCGCGUCGCUGAAGGACCACAUCGUACCACUGUCCGAAAUACUCGCGAGCAGAGGCAUCCGCCUCAAGGUCAUACAUCUCAUCAGAGAUCCGAGAGGAGUUAUGAGUUCGCGACUGUCGCUGCACGGCGAAGAUCGAUUAUCGGAUGGCCGGCUGGCGGAAAGCGCGCGUGAUCUGUGCCGUCAAAUGGUCGCGGACCUCAAAGAUGGACGCGCUCUGUUGAAACCCGACCAAUAUCAUCAAGUAAAGUACGAAGAUCUGGCUCAGUAUCCGAUCCAGACGGCCAAGAAAGUCUACUCGUUUCUCGAUUUAGAGAUGGACGCAGCUGUAGUGAAGUACCUUCACAUCCACGCCGGUGCAGAAAAUAGCUCCAAUGUGCACGAAAACUUUGCCUUUCAAUAUGGCACAUACAGAAGGAAUGCUAGCGCAACGGCUCUAGGCUGGCGGAAAGGGCUGACGAAAGCCCAAAUAAAAAAGGUCGAAAAGGGGUGUCGAGAAAUAUUUGAGAUGACUGAUUACAAGCUGUUUGACUAGUCGAUUUCGCGUAACACACAUUAUUGCAUUGUAACGAUGUGAUUCGUUAGCGGGACUACUGGCGAUCUAAGGCUAGGCGUAGGUAGGUGUAGGUAUGUAGGUAGAUGCAGGAGUGGGAGUACGCAAACCAACAGAUAGACAACAACUACGGUAGUAACGUACCACACUGGCGUUUAUUGUUCGACAUGAUGGACGUCGAACUAGACACAAGAUACAGGGUAUGAAAUACAAGAUAUGAUAUGUGGGCGAACGCUGGAGCAAACGAGGGAACAAGUCAGUCGGAAAGACAGUCAAGUUCUCUCGAGCUCGGCUAGAGUCUUCGCUUUUAAGUCUGUCCGUAAUUGGUUAUCAUAAACCCGCGCCUUAGUGACACGUUUCUCACGGCGCGAGUUUCUCACGGUGCGACUUCGAGAGCAGGUGCUUCUCUACCAUCGCCUCUUCUCCUUUGUCGCACCUCAGUGUCACCAUCGAGAUUCAUUACCGCGACGGGCGGGCUCGGAUGUAGCUGCUGUUUAUGUACCAUAAACACUCCUCGCUACAGCAUCACCGUUGUUUUGCGGUGUUCUGCAAGUUGACUGCUUGUUGCAGGAUCCCAUUUACAUACACCUAACGUAGUAGACCCUAUUUUUAUUAUUUACAAAAUCCGAAUGUCAUAAUCUGAGCGUCGCCACACUAUAGUGUCCUUUUUUAAAUAAAGUCGAAAAUAACGUGGCAAAUAUGUUAUACAACUGUGAGUAUGUGUAUAUAUACAAAGUGCAAUAUUUGUAAACCGGGCAAGUCCCAUGCAGUGGGUAAAAAAACAACGUCAGUAAUCAUCAGGCACAAUACUGUGUCGUAUUCGCAUAGCCUACACACCUACGCACAUCACGGUUUACAAGCAAUGUCUAACGCGCAACUGUAGUCGUGUUUGUUACGUGAAUGGCGAUAUACUAACCCUGCCGCAGGCAGCAGAGAUCUUACACAGGCACUUGCGCCGUUUCAGCAAAUAAAAUAGUAAAUAAACACAAA